UUACAGAACCUAAAACAGCAUGAGAGGACACACAAAGGAGAAAAGCCUUUUCAAUGCUCCCAGUGUGGAAAGGGUUUUAACCGGUUAGGGAGCCUGAAAGAACAUACAAUGAUACACACAGGAAAGAAGCCUCACCACUGCUCCCAGUGUGGAAAGGGUUUUAACCGGUUAGGGAACCUGAAAAAGCAUGAGAGAAUACACUCUGGAAUGAAGCCUUACCAGUGUUCCUAUUGUGGAAAGAAUUUUACUCAGUUAGAGAACCUGAAGGAACAUGAACGGACACACACAGGGGAGAACCCCCACCAUUGCUCUCAGUGUGGAAAGGCUUUUACCACGUCACGAAACCUUAAAGAGCAUAAGACGAAACACACCGGAGAAAAGCCUUUCCACUGCUCCCUGUGUGGAAAGAAUUUUACCCAUUUAGGGAACCUGAAGAAACAUGAGAGAAUACAUUCUGGAUAUCAGCCGUACCCCUGUUCCCACUGUGGAAGGAGUUUUAGGUGGUUAGGAACCUUAAAGCAACAUGAGAGAAUACACACGGGAGAGAAGCCUUUACAAUGUUCCCAGUGUGGAAAGGGUUUUACCCAGUUAGGUAACCUAAAAGCUCAUGAGAGGACACACUCAGGAGAAAAGCCUUUCCAAUCUUCCCAGUGUGGAAAGAGUUUUACUGUGUUUGUGAGCCUAAAAGAGCAUAAGAGAAUACACACAGGAGAGAAGCCCUACCAAUGCUCCCACUGUGGCAAGAGUUUUAGGGGGUUAGGGAACCAGAAAAAACACGAGAGGACACACACACAGGAGAAAAGCCUUACUAAUUUUCUCAAUGUGGAAAGAGUUAUAACCAGUUAAGCACCUGAAAUCACAUGAAAUAAAACAUAUAGGUGUGAAGCCUUGU